AUGGAGGCGUUGACGAGACUGAAACAAACCAGUACCGUGGCAUCUUACAUGAACCAAUUUGAAGGGUUGACCAACCGCCUACAAGGUCUCUCUCAGUCGCACAAACUCAGCUGCUUUCUUAGUGGCUUAAAAGAUGAAAUUCGCAUCCCAGUUCGUAUGUUAUACCCUGUGAAUUUAAAUGCAACAUAUGGGUUAGCAAAGAUGCAAGAGGAAUACCUUCCAAGUAUAAGAAAAGUUGCUAAAUCAACGGGAGAGACAACCACUUCCAUGGGAGGGGGAAAUUACUCUACUGGGUCUUAUUCUAGUGACUAUUCUAACAAAUGGAGGAAACCUAUGGGGGGUGCUAAACCAAUUUCGUCCGAGCAAAUGAAUGAAAAGCGACGCAAAGGCUUAUGUUUUAAUUGCGAUGAGAAGUGGAAUCCUCUACACACUUGUAAAACUCCUCGUAUUUAUCUCUUGGAGGUGAAUGAGGAAGUGUGUGAAGAAGAAGAAGAGCUGCCAGUGGUGGAAAUAGAACAAAAACCAGCACAAGAAACACCAGCCACACCAACCAGUAGCAAGGAAGAACUAGAAAUUUCCUUGGCUGCUAUAGCAGGAACCCCCACGAUGAGAACAAUGCGUUUACUAGGAAGUCUUUGUGGAGAACAAAUGGUGAUACUAGUGGAUUCAGGCAGCUCCCAUAAUUUUAUAGACUCAGCCUUAGCAGCAAAGUUGCAGCUGCCUAUUGAUUAUUCAGCGAACUUAAAAGUUAGAGUGGCAAAUGGCCAAGGCCUUAACAGUGAGGGCAUUUGCAAGACAGCCCAGUUGAAGGUGCUGACAUUGUGCUUGGAUCUUGCUGGGUAUGACAUUGUGCUUGGAGUCCAAUGGCUAGAGACCUUGGGCCCCAUAACUUGGGAUUUUUCGAAAUUCCUAAUGACCUUUGUGUGCGAAGGUAAAACUAUUGAGUUCAAGGGAUUGAAGUUGAAUUCCUCAGUUGUAGAGGAUGGCCAAAAGUUAUUGAAGGCAACCUUAGCGAAAGGGAAAGGCAUUUUUUUACAAAUUGUGUGUGAAGGGGCAGUGAAGGGAAAUUAUGAAUUGGUGGAAGGGCAAUUUUCUGAACUGUUAGAGGAGUUUAAGACAAUAUUUGAUGAACCCCAAGGGUUACCACCACCUCGUACUCAUGACCAUCAAAUAGUCCUUAAGGAGGGAACUCAACCCAUAACAAAUAGACCCUACCGUUACCCUUAUUACCAGAAAACUGAAAUUGAGAAGAUUGUGGCUGAGUUAUUGAAAUCGAGAGUGAUUAGACCCAGUUCUAGCCCUUUUUCCUCCCUUAUUUUGUUGGUUUGUAAAGCCGAUAGAAGUUGGUGGCUUUGCGUGGACUAUAGGGCACUUAAUAAAGACACGGUAAAGGCCAAGUUUCCAAUUCCCGUUAUUGAUGAAUUGCUAGAUGAACUCUUUGGCUCGGUGAUUUUUUCCAAACUUGAUUUAAGAUCGGGUUACCAUCAAGUGAGAGUGGUGCCUAGUGAUAUUCCUAAAACAGCUUUCCGUACCCAUGAUGGACAUUAUGAAUUCUUGGUGAUGCCUUUUGGCCUCACCAAUGCUCUAGCCACAUUCCAAGGGUUAAUGAAUGAUGUUUUCAAACCUUUCUUGAGGAAAUUUGUGCUUGUGUUCUUUGAAGACAUUUUGGUAUACAGUAAAUCUUAG